CAUUUCUUGUUUUAUUUAUUUAUUAAUAUUAGUAUUCUUUAUUAACACUUUAUUUUGCCUUACUGAAACUAAUCUGUUUCAACAUGUGAUUGACCAUCUAUAUUCUACGAUAUAAGAACACGUUUAUAACAAAAUGACUAGCUUUAAACACUUGAAGUACUUGUGUAGACUUUGUGCGAAAAGCGAUGAGUUUUGCAAGGAUUUACUCGAAGAAAGCAACAAAAACGUUAUGAGCAUGAUAAGAGAUUUUAUUCAAAUAACUAUAAAUGAAAGUGAUGAUUUACCAACCCGAAUCUGUCUCAACUGUGAAGAGAAAAUGGUGUCCUUUCAAUUGUUUGUCUUGGAAUGUUAUAAAGUCCAGGAGGAUUUUAGAAAACAAUUGGAUAAGGAGCAGUUAGACAUUUGUACUGAAUUGCAAAUCAAGCUUGAAGAAACUACUACAGACUAUGGAGCAUCUCUGAUAAAAUCUGAGGUAAAAGAUGAGUUAACUGCUGAGGACAUAGUGUGUGCAAUCACUUCAAAUGAUGCUUCAUUGUCUGAAUUUGAAGCAGUGGAUUACAAUGAUGAUAUUGACAUAAAUGAUGAUGUUGAUGAGGAUGAAGAUGAUGAUGACUUGGAUGAUGUAGCAAUAGCAUCACUGAAGGAAAUAAAGCAAAAGCGGAUCAAAAAGAAAGUAAUUUCAGAAGAGGACUCUAUAAAGUUUAGUGAACUUUUAAAACAGCCAAACUUGAAAGUGAAAGAUUUUGUUAAGUUGAUAUGUCACCUGUGUGGAGCAGAGUCCAAUACUUGGAGCAACUUGCGCCUGCAUUACUUCAAUAAUCAUAGAAGCAAAGUUGUAGCAUACUGCCUGUGUGGAUACGCAAUAAGAUCCAAAAGUGUUCUCUAUAAACAUUUUUCUCAGCACAAGUUGGAAAGUAGAAAAAUAAGAAGUGCUGAGAAUUUGCAUGUAGAAAGACCAGAAAAAUCUCAGUAUUCAGAUCUGAAAAUUAAUAACUUCGUGAAUUUCAAUUGCAAUGCCUGUGAUAAGGUGUGCUCCAGCUGGUAUAGUUUGAAGUCACAUUGUGAAAGAGCUCACAAGAUUCUUCCAGUAGUGCAUUGUGUUUGUGGCAUUGCUCUCAAGUCAAAGUCAGUUCUCUACAAACAUAUAAAUGAUCACAAAAAUCCUAAUGUAUUAUCGUGUGACAAAUGUCCACGAAUUACGAAAACCUUGGCAGCGUUAAACAAGCAUAAAAUGAGACACGUCCCAAAAUCGGAGCGGAAAUUCACGUGCGAAUCCUGUGAUAAAAUAUUUAAUACUAAGGAUGCGUUAAAAUCUCAUGAACGGUCACACAUUCCAAUAGAAGAUAGGAAAAUUUACCACUGUGGUAUUUGUAACAUGAAGUUCACAACCCGGUCGUCAGCGGCGUCGCACAAGCGCGUGGUACACGACAAAAUCAAGAGUUACGUGUGCGACCUGUGCGGGUACGCGUGCGGCACUAACGGCGAGCUGCGACAGCACCGCGCCAUACACUCCGACGACAAGCCCUUCGUGUGCAGGAAGUGCUCCAAGCCAUUCAAAACUUACUCGAAUCUCAAGACUCACAUGGACAUUCAUGAAGAAACUUCGUACCCGUGCUACGUGUGCAACCGCGUGCUAAACAGCCGCCGGACGCUGAGGAAACAUCUGCUGGUACAUGAGGACAAGUGCCGGCACGUGUGCUCGUAUUGCAAUAAGGCCUUCAAGAGGAGGCAGACAUUGAAGGUCCACAUGUAUACUCACACGGGCGACAAGCCGCUGACGUGCAAAUGGUGCGACGAACGGUUCGCGUACGCGUCCACUUUACGAUCGCACCGCUUGCGAUGCCACCCCGACAAGAUGGCCGCCCAGAUGAACGACCAGUACGUCUACCGGCACGUCAACAUCCUGCAGCAGGUGGCAGAGGAUUGCGCAGGCGGAGAAGAGUGUCCUCCGGUCGUCGUGUCUUGGGAGGGCUCGGCCGAUAUCCAGAGCGGAGACAUCCUGAUCGUGCGCAUCGCCGACUCGUCCCUGCUCGACACUUUCGCCCACCCUGACGCUAAGAACAGUAGCCACGAUGCGAACGCUACGCAAGCAGAUGGACAAAGGGUACACCGCACGCUGCCAUCGCCGGCGGUGUACCAGGUGACGCGGCAAGGGCACGUGCACUGCGACGUGUCUGAAGGCAUGCUGCUCGACAUCACCCCGCUGGACGAGAACGGCGCCAAACUUAUCACGCUCUACGAUAAAGAUCUCACCGAGGGCGUCAACUUACUGAUAGUUGUUUCCGAGAACUGGGGGUCACAGUGCGUCCGCCUCAAAGUUACUGUCAAGUCGGAUAACUGUGGAGAAUCUCAAGACUGCUCCGGGAAGGGCGUGUGCUACACCAACGUAUCUAUGGAAGGCUACGAGUGCCAGUGCUGCGCCGGCCAGCUGGGUCCGCACUGCGAGGAGCGCGACGUCUGCAAUCCAUCACCCUGCUUGAAUAAUGGCAUAUGUGUCGACCUCACGCAGCCUCUCAACGGGGCGAACUACCACUGCCUUUGUCCCUACGGUUUUACAGGUAGAAAGUGCGAAAAGGAUCCGUGCUACUCGGAGCCUUGUCUGAACGGAGGGUCGUGCAUGAGCCUGGCGAUGAACGGGUCGACGACCUUCCACUGCGCAUGCGCGGACGGCUGGACGGGCGCGCACUGCGAGCUGCCCACGGUGGGCGGCGCCUGCGCUGACAAGCCCUGCGUCAACGGGAUCUGCAUAGAGCAAACAGACAUUGACGCUGAGGGGCACGAAUACCGAUGUUUCUGCUUGCCAGGGUACACGGGUGAGCAUUGCGAAAUGGAAUACAACGAGUGCGAGUCGUCGCCGUGCGCGAACGGUGGCACCUGCACCGACCGCGUCGGCGGCUUUGCGUGCGCCUGCGGCCGCGGCUUCACCGGCAACACCUGUCAGCUCAAGGUUGAUUUGUGCUCACCAAACCCGUGCUCUGCGCAGCGCUACUGUGUGGACCGCGGCAACAGCUAUACUUGCGAGUGCCCUCACGGCUACGUCGGCGACGAGUGCCACCUGCCUGUCAAAUCGGCGUGCGACAAUAAUCCGUGCGCGCACGGCGGCACCUGCUGGAGCGGCAUCGACUCCUUCUACUGCUCUUGCCGGCCGGGAUACACCGGCAAACUAUGCGAAGAGGACUUCAUCCUGGAAUCAGUGGUCCGCGGCGAGGUGAUCAGCUCGGAGUCCCGCAGCGACGGCGGCGGCGCGGUGCGCGAGGUGCGCAUGCCGCUCGGCCUGUACCACGACCGCCUGCACAACGUGUACAUCGCCGCCGGCACGCUCGGCGCCGCCAUUGCCAUCGUGGGCGUCGUGGUGACAGCAUGCCACUGCCGCGUGAACAAGACGUACUCGCGGCUGCUGUCGCGGCUGGCGCGCGCGCCGGCGCCGGCGCCGCACUGGCUGCACGACAAGCGCGCGCCCGCGCCCGCGCCGCCCGCGCUCGACACCACCGACAUGUACUACACGCUCGACUUCAGCGACAGCCAGAGCUCCCCGCUCAUCCAAUAGCAAUCACUCAUGAACUGCUCCGAUGGGGAACGGUUCAAGAUACAAAUUUAAAUCGCAGAAC